AUGACCUCCGCCGCCUUCCUCCCCCGGCCCCCGGCCGCAUCAGAAUCAGGCAGCGAUACCCCCCGUCCCCGGCCCCGGACGGACCUCGAGCUCGCGGCCGAGGCGUGGCGGUUCGUCAAUCGGCAGGUGCAGAAGGUUCGGGAUCGGCGGGCCACGAAAACUGCUGCUGCUGAUGGUGGUUUGAAUGGCAAAGAAACAAAGGAGGAGGAGGAUGAUGCUGGGUCUGUUUUGAGUGAGGCGGAGACGGUCGUGGAGAUGCCAUCCGAUGACGUUGGAGCCGCCAUAGCACUCACGCUCCAGCCCACCAUCAGAGAAGAAGCGCCCGGGUUCCAACCUCCCGAAGUCCUCCCCGCCGAGAGCUGUCAGACACGGCGACUAGACACGCCACGCCCCAUCCCCGUCCACGCCAGAACAAGCCAUGCUGCGUGCGGCUCCAAGCUACUCCGUACCGUACGUCCGAGACGCGGCUUCUAA